AUGUUCCUAAUAGCGAAGAAUUUUCAUUGGUUGUGCAUCGUAUUCUUGUAUGGAAACAUAAUAAGUGGAGAUUCCUUGACUUUAAACUCGAUGUUGAAAGAAUUGUGCAGUCGAUCGCUGUCGAACCUCAUAUUCCACGUUUGUAACGGUGAUAUAAUGAUCAACGAUUUUCCGGAAUUGGAUCAGCCAAAAGUUAGAUCGCGGCGUGCUGCACUAAUUUACGCGUCGAUGAGAAUCAAGCGACAACUCGUAGAUGAGUGCUGCCUUCACCCAUGCUCUGUAGCCCAGUUGGUUCAAUACUGCCCUACUGAAGAAUGGUGA